AAAAAAAAUGUUUCAGCAAAAAAUAUUUUAGACAAAAAAGAUUGCGCAGCAGAGGACAAAAUCAUUUAUUCUUUCAACACCAAGGAAGAAUCCUUUUUAGUAGGAAUAAGGAAUUUAUUCCAAUUUGCGUAACUCCACUUAUUUAGCCAAUUAUAGUAAAACACUCUCAUUAGUGCUUAGGAAGAGCAAGAGAGAGAAAAACAUGGAUGUUGUACAGCUGCUUGAGAGGCAAUUUAUCGAUUAUAUGAAGUCUCUAUACAUGGAGCAUUAUUUGGAUGAUCAGUUUACCCAGUUGCAGAAAUUGGCUGAUGAAAGCAACCCAGAUUUUGUUUAUGAAGUUGUAACUCUCUUUUUUCAAGAUUCUGAGAAACUAAUCGACAAUUUAACCAAAGCUCUUAAUCUGCAAGUAAUUGAUUUCAACCAAGUGGCCAAUCAUGCUCAUCAAUUCAAGGGUAGUAGUUCUAGCAUCGGCGCACAUAGGGUGAAAAACCAAUGUGUUAAGUUUCGAGCUUAUUGCGAGGAGAGAAACCAUGAUGGGUCAAAGUUACGUCUUGGAGACCGUGCAAAAAAAGAAACAAACACUAUAUCAUGGGACGGAGGAAGCAUGUGAUUAUUUAUAUAUUCAUGCUGAUGCUAUGAAUGUUUGGCAAGUGACGUAUCACUAUUUCUGUGGUGUGUAUGCUGCAAGAACUCCAUUUAUUUAGUGAUUUGGCUGAAAUUGUUUCUGUCAUUGUUAAAUGGACAAGCAGUUCCUUAUGAUGCCUUUCAAGUUAAAUAUUCAGUAAGGUUGACAGUUUACCUAGUCUCAUAUUCUUGCAAUAUCUUGAAAUUUUUGUUGAUUUAGUAACACUUUAUCAAAGGCCAAGAUCUAAUGAAGUAGAUUUCAUGGUUGAAAUAGCAUCAUUUUAUAGACUAUACCUGCUUUCAUUUUGUGGACAAGAUCUCAUGAGAUGUUAGGUUAGAGUUUCGAGAAAGUAUUGCUUAUAACAUUACUCUCAGAAUGUUUAGGGUCUUAACCCUUACUCACUUACUCGUGGUCCUUUCAGAGAGUGAGCCUUAACAAGUUUAUUUUGAGAAUUGGAUAUGUUCUGAGGAAAUAUCAAAGGCAGCUUUAGUUGCUUUUUUCAAAAUUUCAUAAAGAGCAGGCAAAAAAUUGGUCAAGAAUACCUUUAUUUAAGGAGAGACUAUUGAACAUAUUAAUGGUCAUAUUUUCUAAAAAAAUUACUUGAGCUUUCUUCGCACAAUAAAAGGUAGGAUUUCCCCUUUUAAAUUCAUUAUUAGUUAAUUGAAUGAUACAUUCAAGCUAUUUGCCUACAAUUGUCGACACCUGCAAAUUUGAGAGCUAACACGUAACACCAUUCAUCCUGGAACGACAAAACUAGUAAUCUCGAAUUUAUUCUGUUGGUGAGAGUGUAAGCAUUUACAAAACUAGCAUAAAAGAGUUACCUAGGUAAGAAAACUUGAAAGGUUGAAUAUAUAAGGAAAGUUUGGUUCUUAAUGGACAUGUUAGUUUGGUUUUAUGGGACAAAUGUGCAAUGUUCUGAGCAUGAGCUGCAUACUAUGAGUCCUAGGCGAAGCAGGUUGCACGCAAACAUGCUAUGCAAUUAGUUUUCUCUAUCUUGCAUUCAGCCCUCAAGAAAACAAUUUAUUUUGGCUAUUUUAAAAAGGAUUCCUCCCCUCCACCAUCUAAACAAAAGGAAAAGGAAAGUCACAACAAUAGUUGAACUAAAAAGCCCAGAGGCAUUGCCAUGUGUGUCUUGGAGAUCUCAGGGAGCCUUGAAUGCCCCACAAUGAUCCUUUAAACUGAUUAUACAAAAGCACCUUGCUCCAGCUCCAUAGAGCUCUUAAUUUGUUGGUCAUCGCUCUGCCAAUGUUUUUCCUCCUUUCAGUCUUUGUGUCAUGCAUUAGAAUUAUAAUCUCAUCUUAAAUAGGAUGGCAUUUGUGACAUCUUGGUGAUAUUAAUGAAAUAAAACAUUUGAGUAUGAUGUUUCCUAAUAACUUCGUAUAUAGGACACUGCUAUAGAAAACUUGUCUCCUCCUUUCUAUGUGUUUACAGUUGAAGAAGCUAUUUUCUCCUCGUCUUUCUUGUUCCAUGACAGUCAAAUGGUUUACGUUUAAAUUACGUUGCUAUUUAGGAGUGGUGAAGAAUUUUCUCAUGUCAUAUCUUGGGAAUUUUUUGACAUAGUCUAGUCAUUUUUUUAGUCAUUUUGAACUUCUGGUCGUUUUAUUUUAAACUUCUGAAAGUCUUAUGAAUUUAUGUCUUCUCCAAUGGACCUCCAUGACUAUUGGAUAUCUUCUCUUAGCUUUAUAGUUUUUGUGAUUGUUAAUAUUGCACUUCGAGCUUAUCGUUUAUGUGUGUGCUUUAUAUUGGUAAGCAAGUCUACUGAGGUUGGUGUUAGCACUUGGUAUUUUAGAUGAUAAUUUUAGUUUUAUUUCUUUCUGAACUCUUUAAGAUGAGUUUUGCAUCUUGAUUGGUUUCGAAGCUUUUCCAAAUAUAUUCGCUAGUACCUCUGUAUCAAAUUACAGUUAUAAUGAUAAUAAUUUGGAAGGAAGGAGCUAUGUAUAAUCAACUAUUUUUAUCUUUACUAUGAGAUAAUGCUAUUUUAUAUUUAUUUGUCAGAACA